GUUCAUCCGGUUGCAGUGUUAUAAUAGCAGUUUCACGAAAACACAGAUGUGUCUCAUCUAUUUUUUUUAACCGAGCAGGGAGGACCGUGAACUACACACCGGAGCGAGUGAAAACAAGCCGACGGUAACAACACAGAGAGGACGACGACCUACACAGAGGACAUUUAUACUUUUAUUUAAGUUUAUUUUUUUACCUGCUAACAUCGUUUAACUGGCGAAUAACGACACUAAACGAGGAAACAGCAGCUAGCUUAAAAUGGAUCGAUACGAUGACCUGGAUUUAGACCUGGAGUGUGAUGGAGGAGGAGGAGGCGUCGCUCAAAAAGCAGCGUUAUUCGGUGGGAUGUUCAAGAAAUCUACAAAGUCUUCAGAAUCAUCUGUCAAAGCAGAGACUUUUAUGUAAUCAUGUUGAUGAUAUGGACAGUUUAUCAGCCAACAGUGAACUCUCAAAGAGCAAUGACAGUCUGACGGACAACAACAAGGACAAAGGAGGAGUGUUUAAAGGAAUAUUUAAGAAGACCAAAUCUGCCAGAGAGGGUCAGCAGCAGGACUCCAUCUCAUUACAAAACCCUGAACUGUCAGUCAGCAGUGACAGUUUAACAGACAAGGCAUCAAAGGAUAAAUCAGGUGUGCUGGGUGGGAUCCUGAAACGUUCUCCCAGACCUGGACAUGUCCGCAGGCCUUCACAGGAUCUUCUGGACAUUUCAGACAGUAAUGAAAAUCCAUCGGAGAACAGCAACACAAAGGAGUCAGGAGGGAUAUUCACAGGGAUGUUUAAGAAGCCCUCGAAGCCUUUCGGAGCGAGGACAAAAUCUCAGGAGGAUUUAACUGCACCUGAUGAGCUCUCAGGCAGCAGCGACAACCUCUCUGCAAACAAUAACACUAAGGAAACCGGUGGGAUGUUCAGUGGGAUGUUUAAAAAACCUCCAAAGGCAUUUGGAGGAAGGACAAAAUCUCAGGAGGAUUUAACUGCACCUGACGAUCUCUCAGGCAGCAGAGAUAACCUCUGUGGUAACAGCAACACUAAGGAGACAGGUGGGGUGUUCAGCCUAAUGUUUAAAAAACCUCUAAAGCCCUUUGGAGCAAGGACCAAAUCUCAGGAGGAUUUGUGUGCACCUGAUGAGCUUUCAGACAGCAGUGACAACCUUUCUGUGAACAGUAACACUAAGGAGGAAGGUGGGAUGUUCAGUGGAUUGUUUAAAAAAGCUCCAAAGCCCUUCGGAACCAGGACAAAAUCUCAGGAUGAUUUGUCUGCACCCGAUGAGCUCUCUGGCAGCACUGAAGAUCUUUCCGAGAACCACACAAAGGAGAAAGGAGGAAUCUUCAGCGGUGUGUUAAAAAAAAAAGGUGCCAAAUUUCAGUCACAGGAUGACUUGUCUAUGGAUGGUGAACUCUUCACCGGCAAUGACAGCCUCGCAGAGAAGCCUUCAAGGGGUGGAGUGGCAGCGAGGAUCUUAAAGAAUCCUUUCAGCUCCUCAUCUCAGGAGAAGGAAAAGACUGAACACUCAGGAGACUCAAAUGAGAAUAGCUCUACUGCAGACAAGCCUAAAGCCAAACAGAUCGGUUUCAGUGCAGUGAUGAAGAGUGCAUUCUACACUGACAAAGAGGAGAAGAGCUCCAGCACUGAUGAUGAGGAGACAGACAACGGAGAUAACCAGCUGAGUCACAAACAGAGUAAACUGGCUGAAGCGAUGACAAAGCUGAAUCCAUUUCGAGCUGCAAACAAACAUGAGAAGCAGACUGGCUCAGAUGAUGAGGAUCCAACUGUGAGUAGUGAGAAGUCAAAGGGCAACAAACAGUUAAACCUUCCGAUGAUGUGUCCUCCCUCUCAGAACACCAUGGUUGAAGCCAUGUCCAAACUGAACCCAUACAGAGCUGCACAUGAAAAAGACACAGAAGACACAGAGACACUCAAGGAGACUGAGAAACAAGUGGAAGCGAAGCUAAAACCGGUCAAAAGUAACAUGAUCCAGCAAGAAAGGAAGGAAAGAAGUGAAACGCCACUGGUCCCACCCAGACCAACAGCAGAGUGUGUUGUGUUGCAGGAGAUGAAGGGGACGGUCACGUACAACAAAGUUAAACCAAGAAGAGCUAAGGAUAAUAAGGAUAACAAAGACAUGACCACCAAAGAGAAAAAAGAAAAACCUUUAGAAGCUCCUGUAAUACCUGCCAGACCAUCAGAGGAGGAGAUGAACAGAGCACCGAGACAAAAGCAGAAGAAAAACCACCAGAUGGAGGAUGAAGCAAAGGAAGAAGAUGAAUCUGCUAUGACCAAAGAUGGAGAUGAGACGAAUCCUCCAGAGAGCAAAACAACCAAGGUGGUAAAGCACAAGCGCCAUAAUCCAUUUAUGCUGCACACUGCAGCAAAGGCCAGUAAUCAGGCUGCAUCUGAUGACGAAUGGCUGAAAGAAGAUGAAGAGUCUUCAUCCAGAGAGAAGAAAGAAGAAGAGGAAGGCAAAGAAAAAACAGUGGAGACCAAAAUCAAGAAACCAAAAAAGCACAACCCCUUCAUGCCUCGAGUCAAGGCCAAAGUUAUACAGAAGCAUGGACAAGACGAAGCUGCAGCCAACACGGCAGAGAAUGAAGGUGCAAACAGAUCCUUGUUUGACCAGCUGGAAGACUUCCGUAUUGACCCAGCACACCCUGAAGACAGUCAGGAUGUGGAGGAUCUUAUGGACUGGUGGAACACAGUGGACCCAUGGGAGGACACGCCUCAAGAUGAUGACAUGACGGAGAAAGAAGAGGCCAAGGCGUUUGCUGUGACGGCAGAGAAAGUGCAGAAGGGCAUCCGUGUCUUCAACAAACUGUUCUCUGAGCGAGCCGAGAGCCUCUGGCAGCACGUCAUUGACCUCAACAGCAUCGCCGACGGCCUGGACAAGUUCAACAAGAAGACAAAGAUCGCUCAAAUCACCGGCGGCUCCACCAGCGCCAUCGGAGGCGUCGCCACCAUCGCUGGCCUCGCUUUGGCUCCCGUCACCAUGGGAACCUCCUUGAUCGUGACAGCGGUCGGACUGGGUGUCGCCACAGCGGGAGGUCUGACGUCAGCUGGUGCUGGCAUCUCCAACCAGGUCAACAACUCCAUGGACCGCAAGAAGGUGGAGAAGAUUGUAGAGGACUACCAGGAGAAGAUGCUCGACCUCAACAAGUGCCUAAAGUUUAUCAAGCAGGGGAUUGAGAACCUGCGCAAGUUCGACCUGAUCAAGAUGAAGAAACACGCAUACAAUCGGGACUUUCCCGUGCUCAAUAGCAACUUCUAUGAAGACGGCGCCAUGGCGGGAAAAGCCAUCCUCAUCAAUGCCAACGAGAUCAUGCGUGUGGUGCAGAUCGCCAACGUGGCCGGCAGCACCGCAGCCAGAGCCGUCCAGAUUGCCAGUAUGGCCACCGGCGUGCUCACUGGACUCUUCGUAGGUAUGGACAUCUACUUUGUGGCCAAAGACUCCAAAGAACUCAAGAAAGGAGCAAAGUCAGAGUUCGCUGGCAAAAUCAGAGAUGUUGCUACACAGCUGCACGACGGUCUGGUGGAGCUCAACUCGAUACGAGAGGAGCUGCAGGCAACCACGCCGGAAAACAAUGCUGGCAGUGAUGGUGAAGCUUUGGACAGUGAAAAGAAGGAGAAAGAAGAAAAACAUGAGGGUUCAGACGAAGAGGAAGAUGAAAUCGCCCGCAUUAAAAAAGCCAUCAAAAAGGACUACGAGAACCGAGAAUAUGUUUGACACUUUACAACUAGGAAAUGCCUUAAACUUGUUUAAUUCCUCUGCCAAGGCAGAGGUAAGUUUUCAGCGCCGUUUGUUUUAAUGUCUGUUCUUAUAUUUGUCUGUCUGUCUGUCUGUCUGUGAAGAAAAUUAUGCAAAAAUUACCUGACCAAAAUUCACAAAACCUUUUGGAGAAGUCGAAAAGGCCAAAGGAAAUAUUCAUUAAGUUUUAGUGUGGAUCGGGAUCAGCUUUCUUAAUAACUGUGGGAUACAACAUUGGUCUUGGCACCAAAUUGCACUCUGAAAAUGUGCUUUUCUAACUAUUAUGGUUCUAUAAGGAAGAUUAAAUCAUUGUCAGAUUCCCAGUCCAACAGUUUGUUGAUGUUCUUCAAAGCAUUGACCCAAAUCACCAAAAUACUGCUCUGUUGUUGAUAUUUAUGAAGUGUUUGCUGCCAGCUUCUUAAAAGGUGAAACUACAGUCAUUCAUAUUUUGAAUUUCCAAAGAAGAAACUUCAUUCUUGAUGAAACAGAAAGUAAAAUAUUGAAAAAUUUCCAUCAGGGAACUGACUUCUCAGCAUUUAUGCUACACUGGGGGGUAACUGACGUUUGUGGUAGAUGUUGUGUCAUAUAUGUUUUUUCUGGCAGUUGUGCCACUGUGUGAAACUGCACAUUGUCUUCUCAGUUGAUGGGAUUCGGAGAUUUAACUAAAUAAUGUAUUUGGAUUUGAUUAAAGAAAUAGGUGCAGUAAGUAUUUUCUAGACUCAAAGUGUUGCUUUGUAUCAGUUAAUACUGAAACACUGAGACUUUUUCUGACCAGGUGUAGAGGUUGUGUUGUAUAGUGAAAUGGUUAAGUGCCUUUAUUAUUUAUAAUGCCUUAGAAAUACAGCAUGAUGCUAAUAACUGUAUGCUUCUGUUGUUUUUCAGGCUGUUUGGGCUUCACUGAACCAUUUUCACACAUCUGUGAGGUUUGGGAACUCAUGUGGGGUGUUUUGAAGUAGCAAUGGCUUAAAGAUUUUGUAAAUUUUACCAUGUAAAAACUUUCCUUUAAUCGUAACAUGUCUUAAAAUCAUGAUUCUUUAAAGUAAACUGGGCUGCCAAUUAAAACUUAGAAAGACAUCAACAAUGUGUGAAACAUCUGCAGUGCCAAAAGUGAUGACCUGUGCAACCAUUCUUAGCAAGUGAUAGGAUCAACUUAACUGCCAGUCUUAUGUAAAUGUAGACAUUAUGUGGUUUAAUUUAAGUAUACAUGUAAGAAUAUUUCUUUCAGGGUUGGUUGUUUUCAUGCAGUUUAGGACAAGUGGGAAAUACCUGAUUAAGCUAAGCUAACUGACAUUAUUUGGUUAUUUAGUUCAAUGUUUUGGCUUUUGUUUUUGGAAUUUCUGGUAUAGCAUGUUUCUUCCCAGGUUACCUAAUUAUUAAACAGCAUUUUGUGAACCACGUUUUUAAAUUUACUCUAAAACUCUUCAAUCUAAACCAACGUUAGCUUUGUCGGUUGGUUCCACUAGCUCGGCUGUAGUUGAACUUGGGUGUUACUGGGUGUAAGAUGUUGUUGUAGCAACUGGGGCUGAAUACUUUAGUAGAGCAACUGGUUUUAAAUUCAUUAUGGGAAUUUGUGAACAGCAAUGCAGUCCUGUAGUAAACGUAAAAAGCUCACUGACACGAAAGGAAAACUGACUGUCAUGUUGAUCUUUAAAGAUUCCCACAAAGUUAGCCUUUAGUUUUUAUUCUGGUUUCCAGUUAAAAGCAUUUUUAAUAGUUUUAAUGUGUAAAAUGGUUCCUCAUUCAGUGACUGGAAUCCCAGGAUGGUAAAAGCUAAAUCAGUCCAGAGGAGAACUUGUCACUUCCACUUAUUUUGUCAAAACUGUUAUCUCAGAGUCAAGGUUUGAUAAGUUCUGUAAGCUCUGAUGGUGUCACCUCUGUGGUCUGUUUGAACUCAUAUUUAUUUCUGAUUCUAGUUCUAGGUGGAGUUGAUUAUUCAAUGAUAUCUUCUAUGUGCAAUAUACUGUCCACAUGUGAUAAAUGUAAAAUUAAAGACUAGACAAUCAUUUUCUUUCA